UGUUGAGAAAGCAGACUACAGCAGACAGCGUAAUGUUGUCAACUGGAUUGACAGACAUUUUUGGGUUUUUGUUUUACGGUUGAUUUUAUCAUAAUGUUAGACUGUGUUAUUUAUUUAUAGUGUUUAUCACUUUUAUUUUAAAAAACCUGGAAGGUAAGGGACCAGUAUGACCAAGAAGUUUGAGUUUAAUUGGCACAUUCCUGUGCCUGAUCCCCUACUGCAGGGCUGCGUUUUCGACCGAUGGACUGAAGACAAGGACUCAACAGAUGUCGAACCUGGAUGCUUGUUCAAAGUGGACGAGUACGGGUUCUUCAUCUACUGGAAAAGUGAUGGCAGGGAAGGAGAUGUGAUUGAACUUUGUCAAGUGAGUGACAUACGUGCUGGUGGCCUCCCAAAGGACUCUCGUCUUACCUCUCAACUUGUAUCAAAACAUGGAGAUACUCUGGAAGAAAAGUCACUGACAAUUUGUAGUGGAACAGAUUACAUCAAUAUCAACUAUCAGCAUGUCAUUUGCCCGGAUGCUGCCACUGCUAAGGUCUGGUUAGAUGGUAUAAGGCAGAUAACUCAUAACGUAAAGGCCAACAAUGCUUGUCCCAUGACUUGCUUGAAUAAGCAUUGGAUGAGAUUGUGUAUGUUGGUGGAUCCUAAGGGCAAGGUGCCUGUCAAAGUCGUAUCCAAAACGUUCGCCUCGGGAAAAACGGAGAAACUCGUCUAUCAGUGCCUCUCUGAUCUCGGUCUGCCUAGUGGAAAGGUAUCAUCAACGUUCUAAAGCGCUCUGAAAACGCAGUUCCAAAUUCAAUCAUGAUGUAAAACUUGAUAUAAACUUUGUCCUAAAAACCGAGUUUUCGAACUCUUCCUUGAUAUCACUCAGGGAAAAGCAGACUCAAUCAACGUAGAGCAGUUUAUCAACUUCUUGAACGAGAAGCAACGAGAUCCCAGACUCAAUGAAAUUCUUUAUCCCCUCUACGAUGAGAAGAGGGCCAUCGAGAUUAUAACUGACUAUGAACAAGACGAAACGGCUCGAACUGAAAAGAAGCUGACAAAAGACGGUCUAAUUCGGUACCUGAUGUCUGACGAGAACGCACCGGUGUUUCUGGAUAGGCUGGACUUCUACAUGGACAUGGACCAAUCGCUGGCGCAUUACUACAUCAACUCCUCCCACAAUACCUACCUCACAGGCCGCCAGUUCGGUGGAAAGUCCAGUGUCGAAAUGUAUCGGCAGGUGCUGCUUGCUGGAUGCAGGUGCGUUGAACUGGAUUGCUGGGAUGGGAAAGGAGAAGAUGAAGAACCGAUCAUAACUCACGGAAAAGCCAUGUGCACUGACAUCUUGUUCAAGGACGUGAUCUACGCCCUGCGCGACACAGCGUUCGUGACGUCAGACUACCCGAUCAUCCUCUCGUUCGAGAACCACUGCUGCAAGACGCAACAGUACAAGCUGGCCAAGUACUGCGACGAGAUCCUCGGCGACCUGUUGCUGAAAGAGCAGCUACCCGACUUCCCGUGCGAACCGGGUGCUCCGUUGCCACCUCCAAGCGCCCUCAAGAGGAAGAUCCUCAUCAAGAACAAGCGCCUGAAGCCGGAGGUGGAGAAGCAGGAGUUGGAGCUGUUCAUUCAGGGCCAGUUCGUCAUCGAUGAUGAGGAGAAGGAGGAUGCGUCGGCGCCUGUGCCCAAUGUGCCGCCUGAUGAGAAGAAGGAACCGGAAGUGGUGGCAGCUGCAGCAGAGGACGCCCCGCCCCCUAUCCAGUACACGGGCUCCACCACCAAUGUGCACCCUUGGCUCUCAUCCAUGGUCAACUACGCUCAGCCAAUCAAGUUCCAGGGAUUCGAUGUCGCCGAAAAGAAGAACAUCCAUCACAACAUGAGUUCUUUCGCCGAAACCACCGGUCUUGGAUACCUUAAAUCCCAGGCAAUCGAAUUCGUCAACUACAACAAACGCCAGAUGAGUCGUAUCUAUCCCAAAGGCACCAGAGCUGAUUCUUCCAACUACAUGCCUCAGGUGUUCUGGAACGCAGGCUGCCAGAUGGUGUCACUGAACUUCCAAACAGCUGAUCUGCCGAUGCAGCUGAACCAGGGCAAGUUCGAGUACAACGGCAACUGUGGUUACCUGCUGAAGCCGGACUUCAUGCGACGCGCCGACCGCAGCUUCGACCCGUUUGCUGAGUCACCUGUCGACGGUGUCAUUGCAGCACAGUGCGCCGUACAGGUGAUAGCUGGUCAGUUCUUAUCAGAUAAGAAGGUUGGCACAUAUGUGGAAGUGGACAUGUAUGGUUUGCCAACGGACACAAUCAGGAAAGAGUUUCGCACGCGUAUGGUUCCUAGCAACGGUUUGAAUCCGGUCUACAAUGAGGAGCCGUUCCUAUUCAGAAAGGUGGUGCUACCAGAUCUAGCCGUGCUGCGUUUUGGCGUUUACGACGAGAACGGAAAACUGCUGGGUCAGCGCAUUCUGCCGUUGGACGGACUGCAGGCGGGGUACCGGCACAUAUCCCUCCGGACAGAGGCCAACUUCCCCAUGUCAUUGCCCAUGCUCUUCUGCAACAUAGAGCUCAAGAUCUAUGUGCCCGACGGAUUUGAAGACUUCAUGGCUGCGCUGUCCGAUCCACGAGCAUUCCUUUCUGCGCAGGAGAAGCGAGCCCAGCAGAUGAAGGCGAUGGGCAUCGAAGAGACGGACAUCAACACCAAGGAUGUUGUGGAGGGUGGCAAGGGUGGAGACGGGGGUGGGGGUGGAGCCGCCAAAAAGGGCAGCAAAACCAAGAAAACCGGAGAAGAGGAGAAGAAAGUUGAAGUGUUGCAAUUCGAGCCGAUCACUGUGGAGUCGCUGAAGAACGAGAAGGCCUACCAGAAGACUCAUCGCAAGCACCAGAAGGAGCUGGAUGCCAUGCACAAGCGACAGAACAAGGAGAAGAUGGCCAUACAGAAGCAGCAGUGCACCGCCAUCGAAAAACUCGUCAAAGGCAAGAACAAACAGGACCUGAUGAAUGAGCCGACUAUCAGGAAGCUGGUAGGUGAGCAGACUGCGCAGUGGAGUGAGAUGAUGGAGCGCCACCGCCGAGAGGAGUGGACCACUCUGAAGCAGCACAUCGAGGAGCAGCGGGAGGCCCUCGCUCGCCUCAUGGAGGUCGUGCAAGCCACACAAAUCAAGCAAAUCGACGCCAAACACGAGAGGGAAAUGAAGGAAAUGAACACUAGACAAGCUAAGAUCUCAGUUGAAACAAUGAAAGAAGUACAAAAUGAUAAAACUCUGAAAACAAAAGCCGAGAAGGACCGACGAUUGAGGGAGAAGAAGCAGAACAACACAAAGAAAUUCAUGGAUGAGAGAAAAUUCGCUCAGAUGAAACAAGGCAAAGAGAAGGACAAGCUGGUUACAAAGCACGACAAACAAAAGCAAGAAUUGAAGAAGGAAUUGGAGGACAUGAUCGAGAUGUACAAGAAUGAGGAGAUAGAAUACGAGUUGUCGCAGAAAGUAGAGUUCUUUGCCUAGAAACCCUUCAUAAUAUUAAUCUAUGUGUUGUCUGCCUGAGCAUCUGAGACCGUGCGAUAUAGCUAUAUAUUCUGCCAAAUAAUUCUACUCCCGAAACAUCCAUACUGUCUAGUCAUAUUGAUCUAGUAUAGCGACUAUUAAUUUUAAGUUAUAACUAAAACGAGUGAAAUGUGAAAGCCACAAUAUCUGAUCCUUACUGUGAUUCUUAUCUGAGGGCGAUAAACUUAUUCAUCUCCCUCCUCUGCAUUUAUUCUAUUAUAAUUUUUUUGUUUUGUAUCAAUUCUCGAUUAUUUUGAUACGUGUUGAAAAUACUCGAUGUAAUCUCAUGUUGAUGUUCUAUUCUGUACAUAUUCUGCAUUACCUUCUUUAUCAUGAGAUUGCUUAAUAGAUUGUUUCGAUAGGAACUAUUGCUGAAGUAGAGAUCGUGAAUAUUUAUGUUCAUUGUUGCAUUCAUAAAAUCAUCUACAUAUU